GGAUAAUAUAGAAAUAUACAGUAAACCCGCAGCUAUGCCAGUAAGCUUGGUGACUGCUUCGUCGCAUUCGUCCUGACGAAAGGAUCGACCAGCAAGAGAAGUGGGAGUCGUUGUGACUGAGUAGUAUAUGGAAAGAAGGAUAGCAACUCGCAUAGAAGUAGAGAUCGAUUUCAACGAAGAGAGCAAUGAUCGUUUCUGAAGCCUUCCAAAAGGCCCGAUCUAGACUGCUUUCUUCGGGCGGGGUGACUGCUGAGUCAGCUCUAGAGAUGUUGAUCUUGACAACACGCGGGGGAUCGCCGUAUCUUUGUCUUUCCUACAACCUCAUCACCAAAUUCCACACAAACAGUCCAUGCCAGUCGCGUGCGUGGUACUCUCUACAUCUACAUCAACAUGGGAUCCAAGACCCCCGAGGGACAUCGGCAAGAGCCCGAUGCCUCCAACUCCUCCGACUUCAAGCGCUAAUCCUCAAGUCAAAUCCUCUCGAAACGGCUCUGGCUCGGCGGACUUGGACCGAGGAAUCAUCAGCGACGACGAUGACGACGACGACGAGGAUAAUUCGAAGGAAGAAAGUGGGGUGAACGGCGCCUCUACUACUGAGAAGAAACAAAAGAAACGCAAGAGGUCCAACAAAAAGAAGAAAAAGACCUCAGCCACCCAGCAAACCACCCCUCCGCGGGUGCCGCUCUCCACCCUCUUUGCCUCCGACAUAUACCCCGCGGGACAACUCGUCCCCUACGACGAGAACACCGCCCGCACCACCGACGAAGAACUGCGCUACAACUCCCGGCUCUGGGACGAAGACUUUCUGCCUGACUACCGCAAGGCGGCCGAGAUCCAUCGCCAGGUCCGGCAGUAUGCCCAGAAGGAGCUCAUCAAGCCUGGGACCAGUCUCACGGAUAUUGCCGAGGGAAUUGAAGACGGCGUGCGCGCGCUUUCCGGCCACCAGGGUCUGGAGACCGGAGAUGCGUUCCACGCGGGCAUGGGAUUCCCGACCGGCCUGUGUCUGAAUCACGUGGCGGCGCACUGGACGCCCAACCCGGGCGCGAAGGACGUGAUUCUGGAUAAGAAUGACGUUCUCAAGGUAGAUUUCGGAGUGCAUGUGAAUGGGCGCAUUGUUGACUCCGCGUUUACCGUUGCGUUUGAGGAGAAGUAUGACCACCUUCUCACGGCUGUGAAGGAGGCGACCAACACUGGCAUCCAGCAUGCUGGUAUCGAUGCGAGAAUGGGCGAAAUCGGUGCUGCCAUCCAGGAAGUGAUGGAGAGCUACGAGGUCGAGAUCGAUGGCAAGACGCGCCCCGUGAAAGCUAUCCGGAACAUUACGGGCCACGACAUCUUGCGCUAUCACAUCCAUGGCAGCAAGCAGAUCCCGUUCAUCAAGAGCAACAAUCGCGACAAGAUGGAGGAGGGAGAGGUCUUUGCGAUCGAGACAUUCGGGAGCACCGGUCAAGGAUACCUAACUGAUGAUGUGGGUGUCUACGGCUACGGUAGGAACACGGAUAUCUCCGGCGCGAACCUGCGUCUUGCCUCGGCCAAGUCGCUGCUGAAAACCAUUGACUCCAACUUCGGGUCGAUCGUUUUCUGCCGGCGCUAUCUGGAGAGACUUGGGGUGUCCCAUUAUCAUCUCGGGAUGAAGAACCUGAUUGACAACGGGAUUGUGGAGUCGUAUGCGCCGCUCGUCGACGUGAAGGGCUCAUACACCGCACAAUUCGAGCAUACCAUUCUUCUCCACAGCGGCGGCAAGGAAGUCAUCAGUCGCGGUGACGACUACUAGACUAGCCUUUGACAUUUGUAGACGAUGCCGCUGUCUUUGGCUCUAUUAUUUUGCUUGUGACUAUGCAAUGCUCCGUUCAACCUUCUGAUGACCUCGGAUUCAACAUCCGCUGGUGUUGUUCGCUCGAAUUCUGUUAUCACAUUCUGUUAGUCUUGGUCCGCCAUGAUUUCACCGUGUAGGACGGUAGGCCAGUCCAGUCAUUACUCUAGAUUUCUGCAAUGCACUCAACGAAAUUAUCCCUUCGAUGAACGGAAUGCAGUACUAAUCAUCAGCAACGAUGUUGGCUGCUGAACUGUUGACGUCGUUAGGGGCGUAGAAAAUCUGAUAAAAUGUAUCAGGACUCCCAAACAUAGAAAGAGAACAGG